UGUACAUCAAGUAGGAAGAAUUAUUUUGAUUGGUGGCAACUGCGCUCGGCGGAGAGUUACAGUCCGUCUUCAUUUAAGGCUUCUCUACGGUUUGAAUGCAACAAAGUGUCACGUUUGAUUCUCCAGUUUCAUCAAACAGAUGUGGAUGCAGUGCUUGGGAGCUGCCCAGCAGAGGUGAAGGAGAGGGCAGAAGAUCCCAGUGGAACCUGAGUGUGGAUGACCUGUCCCCAAAAAACAGGACCAUGAUCUGAGGAGGGUACUGCACACAAAACCCCGUUCUUCCUCUCCUCCUCUUCCCUUUUUUUUUUUUUUUUUUUUUUUUCUCAUCAUAGCAGUAAAAGCCUCUCUGCUCAGGUGCUUCAAACAGAGUCGGUUUGCACAAAGUGGACAAAGCGAAAGCAGCUAAACAUUUAAAGAAGAAGAAAAACAACAACAGUCAUCUGUGACCUCAGACUUUGCCACUCCCCCUUGCUCCUCCCACUGUAACACCAGAACCAUGGGGAGGAAAAAGAUCCAGAUUCAGAGGAUCACUGAUGAACGCAACAGACAGGUGACAUUCACCAAGCGGAAGUUUGGUCUGAUGAAGAAGGCUUACGAGCUGAGCGUCCUGUGUGACUGCGAGAUUGCUCUCAUCAUCUUCAACCACUCCAACAAGCUGUUCCAGUAUGCCAGCACGGACAUGGACAAGGUCCUGCUCAAGUACACCGAGUACAACGAACCCCAUGAGAGCCGGACUAACGCCGACAUCAUCGAGACAUUGCGAAAGAAAGGCUUUAAUGGCUGCAACAGCCCCGAGCCAGACGGCGACGACUCCAUCGACCAAAGCCCGCUAAAUGAUCGCAAGACUGAAGACCUGGACAGCCUCUUCAAACGCUACGGCUCUGCAGUCCAACAGCCCACCUUUCCCAUGCCAGUCACCGUGCCAGUAUCCAAUCAGAAUGCAGCUGCGGCAGCAGCCCUCCAGUUCAGUAACAACCCUGCUGGCGCCCUGGUCACCACCACCUCCUUCGUCACCUCCACCCUCACAGAUCCCCGCCUCCUGUCGCCACAGCAACCUGCUCUGCAAAGGAACACUGUGUCGCCAGGGUUACCACAGCGACCAGCCAGCGCAGGUGCUCUGUUAGGAGGAGAUUUGGGCAACUCCAACGGAGCAUGUCCGAGUCCAGUUCCUAAUGGCUACAUCAGUGCCAGGGCCUCCCCUGGCCUCCUCUCUGUAUCCAAUGGCAACAGCCUGGGGAAAGUAGUCCCGGCUAAGUCUCCACCUCCACCCAGCCCUCAGAUGGUCAACAGCCGUAAGCCGGACCUGAGAGUCAUCACUUCACAGAGUGGCAAGAGCCUCAUGCAACUGACAGAGGAAGAGCUGGAGUUGGUGAGUGAGAAUGCUCAGCGGCUAGGAGGCUCGCAGGUGGCACAGCCACUCACCACCCCGGUGGUCUCUGUGGCAACACCCAGUCUUCUUGCGCCCUUCUCCGGCAUGCAGACAGCUUAUAACACUGAGUACCAGCUGACGAGUGCAGAUCUCACAGCGCUCCCGACGUUCACACCACCAGGGCUGGUGCCUGGCAACAUGGCUGCCUGGCAACAGCAACAGCAACCAGCAGUCUCCCAGCAGCAACAACAACAGCAGCAACCACAGCAGUUGACUUUGGCAUCACUCAGUAACUUAGUCAUGUGGGGUGCAGAGAAACAGAAUGCAGAGAUGGUUAACUGCAUCUCCAAUUUUGCUGCUAACCUGAGCUUGGCUUCUCAGUCCAACUUGCUCUUUGGCAGAGAGGAGGGCCUCUCCUGGCCAGUGGGCCCAGUGCCUCAGAGCGCCGCACUGACAGUCAACACAAACCCCAACGUCAGCAUCAAGUCUGAGCCUGUCUCUCCCAACCGUGACCGCAGCACUCCCAGUUCCACCUGUGGUGCAGGAGGAGGUGGAGGAGGUCAAGUCCUAGGACAAGGUCUGGUGUCAGUCGCCUACCCUGGUACCCUGCGUCUAGAAGCAGGAGGCCAAGGCCGCUCACCCGUUGACAGCCUCAGCAGCAAUGGCAGCUCAUAUGAGGGCAGCGACCGGGACGAGGGUCGGGGCAUCGGUCCAGACUUCCACCACCAGGCUGGCGUCGGAGCCCAACAGCCUACCAUGGUCCUCCUGCGGCCCUCUUCAGCUGAGCCUCAGGAACAAGAUGGAACAAACGUCAAGAGAAUGAGAUUAGAUGCUUGGGUCACAUAAAGAGAUGGAUGUAACGAGAAGGAUGAACAGAUGGAGGAUGGAGAUGUGUACUUGUGGCUUGUGUACAUGACCCCACCUGCCCCGACACCCCUAAACUCCCUCCUGCAUACACAGACACAUAUGAUAGCCACCAUUGACCCAAUAACCUACCGUCCACCCAGGAAAAACACACAAUACAAGCAUGCAAACACACUCGUGGCACGUGUGGACACUGUUGCUCACUUGUUUGGCAAUCUGCAUUCACAUUUGAACUCUAAUGUACUUUCGCACAUAUGAAACUCCCAGUGGGUUGAGCCACCAAAGCAGGGAUUACUCAUCAAAAUUAUCAUGUUGGACCUGAUUCAGCUGCAUUUGAAUACAAGUGAAUGAGUAUGUUUUUAAUCAGGCCUCAAAUUGGCCAUGUGGACUUCUACCCAACAUGCUGACUGUUGCUAACAGAGCAGACAGACAAACCAGUAAGUUUCCCAGCAUGACCUGCAUUUGGUUUGUGGCUGGUGGGGUUCACCCACUCUCACAACCUCACUGUCUGUUAAUCCAAAGUUGAUUUUGAUCAAACAUGACAACGCUGUAUUAACACAGCCACUAAAUGAGUCCACAUCUUUAUACACAUCAGCCCGUCCACAGUUGUACUGCGAUUUUGCUGAAUUCUUGUUUCUUCUAAGAGGCUGAGCAGUUUUGCUCUGUCUAAAGUUGUACAAUUUUGUCUUUCUGUCCUGACUAUUUAGAGUUUGGGCUCAUUUCGGGUUUUGAAUAUGAAGACACUAAAAGAAAAGAUUGCCGAGCCAAGCCAGUGGUUUCCUCAAAAGGCUGUUGCUUGGGCCCCAUAUAAGAAACGGACACCCGCAGGUCCAUAUUUAAUCAGAACCAUGCAGACUAGCUGUAAAAUGAGGAACACAGAGGUAAAAGACUGCCCUUCUUUGAAUCAGGGAUGAGCUUCAACAGCUCAAUACAUGACAGAUGCUCCUCGAUUCACCCACAUCGUGUCAACUACAGAUGCUGAGAAAGGUGUGUGUGUUUGGUGUGUGUGAGUGUAUACGGGUUUGUAACCUCAACUGGUUGUUUUGUUGUAUUUUUUGUUGUUUUUUUUUUUUGUUUUGUUUGUUUGUUUUUUUUUAGUAAGUGAUUUGGACAAAUGUCCACUCUCAAUUUCAUCCUUGAACACACACCUGCAAUUCACACAGCUGAAAUAAUUUUUAUGAUAGCUAAUGUUCACAUAAGGCUGGGGCAGGGGAAGUGGGGGGGGUGGGGCAUUGUGAGGUACCGUGUAUAUAAGCAAUCUGUAACCUUUGUGGCUUUUGUGUGACAGGGAUAAGGUGUUUUGAAGGUUAAAAAAUAUAUCAUAUUCAAGUAUAUAUUUAAUCAGCUUCAGGCAGUUGCAAAGGCAGGUCUGCAUAUGGAGCAAGAGACAACAGACGACAGGGAUUGUAUAUACAAACUAUAUAUUCUGCAGGAUGUCCCUUAACAGAACAGAAAAAAGCAAAUGUUAUUUCUCAGUGGAUUGGUCUGUUUUUUUUUUUUUUAAUGAUACUUAUGCGUGUAUAUAGAGUGUAAUGUGUGGACAAGCCAAGAGAGGGUGCUGUUGAGCCAAAAAGUGAAGCUGUGGUGACUCGGGACUGUUUUUGAGUGAGAAAUGGUUUGGACUCUAUCACUGAUGGAGCGCACUUUACCUUAAUCCCACCUCUGACCCCUUCAUACACCUCAGCCCAUAAAUAUACACUCACACACUGAACAUGCACACAAGGGUGAGACUGAUAUAAAACUACGAAAAAGUCUGGUAAUAUGCAGAUAGGAGUACAGUUUUUUAAAUCUUUUGUUUAAUUCUGGUUUUGUUUUAGAUAAAUUAAGCUAAUUUAUUGCCAUGCAUGAAGCAGUCAGGGGUCCCGGUAGCACAUGCAAGCUGCCUGUUUGAAAUCAGUUUAAUUUUUUUUUUUUUAUUAUUAUUUAAUUUUUUAAAAAAAAUUCAAGUAAAUUAAAAAAAAUUACAGGAUAAGAGGUAAGUAUUUUGUGUUGCAUUCUAAACUUUAUUUAAUAUUAGAGUAAUAAAGAAAGUAAUUACAUAUGGAAAUUUGGAAAAAAAAUUCCUUUUUUUUAACCAAAUAGCAUAAAAUUAUAAUUUAUUGACAAGUAAGUAAAAUUUUUAUACUAAAUGUUUUGUUUUCUUUACAGCUCAUUGAAAGAUUAACUAAUUUUAAAGGUUUCACUUUUAACACUGAGCAGCUGCUUUCAUUGAAAGCUGCAAACGGCGGCUAAUUAUUUUUUAUGGUAUAUCAAAUCGUUUUUAGUUUGAUUUGUUUUUUUAUGUCAGUAUUAUGUUACAGACAUAUCAGUCAAACUCUAGAACACACACACACACACACACGCAGAUUGCAAAAGAUAAAACAAGCCAAGGAAACUCCCCUUUUUUCCUUUUUUUCCCUGUUUUUAUUUUAGAAGUUUACCCUUUCCUCGUAUUAAAAGCCAUGUAUCUACAUUUAAAGCACUCUCCUUUUCCUGUCACUGGUUGGCUGUACUUUUCUAUUCAGAGAGCUAAAAUAGAAAAAGUAUAUAUAUAAAGGAAAAAGAAAUGUGAAGGAUGUCAUCUUUUUUUACUCUAUAAAAAUGUCAAAUGUUGAAUUAGGGUUUAGUGAGUAGAUUUUUAAAACCAUGGAGGUCACAAGUGCAAGUUUGUGUAUUCAUUUUUCCUAAAAGCACUCAGACUCUGUCCAUUUGCUUGGGAAAAGCACUGGAGGCAGUUUGGGUAUCGUUUGUCACUAAGCCGGAGGUUUCAGAAUGAUUCUUGAUCUUUUAAUGACUACCUCCCAAAUCCAACGCAGACUUGUCGACUUUGAGUUUUACCACAUCCAGCCAUAACAUCUCUCUCAUGGGCAGGCCCUCGUCACCUCCCUCUCACCCCUGUCACUCACUCGGUUUGGUUUUAUUUCCUCUCUGGAGGCUUAAUCUCAAAACGCCUGAAACACACACACACACACACACACACACACACACACACACACAUGCGUACACGUUUCAUAGCACACUCAUUUUGCUUCGUCCGGACAGCGGGUGCUGAGAUGAAGUUUAAUUAUCAUGGGGUCAUUACCACGACUGACACGAACACCCCCCACACACUCUCCAUUUCUGACUACUCCCGUCAUCUUCUCCUCUCUUCAUCAGUGCUUUCUCAUUUCCUUUUAUUUCUGUCUGUCACACACUCAUCCUUUACAUGACAAGUCUCAGUGUCACUAAUGUCAAUAAUGCUUUUCUGAAUGCGUGGCAGGGUGAACAUAAAUCCCACGAGUGCAAACACUGACUGUUAGGACUGUUGUGCCCAGAGCUUCGAACAAAACAUAAACAAAAACUCAAUCCCCAUUUCAGAGCGCAAGUUUGUCCAAAUAGACGUAAAGGGGCGUCCUUUGUGACAAGACUCAGGGGAGUUUUUGCUUGUCAGGUUGCAGGAGAAAAGCUCCUACGAAGCCCUGACAACUUCCACAAAGCAACACCAGGGGUCGCUGUUAUCACAAAACAGAAAGACAAUCGUACUGAGGACCUGCUCCCCUCCCACUGAAAAAGCGAUACAUGCUCCUGUAUAAUGAUGUUUAGAAGUCUCACUCACUUUCCAGUGUUAAUUUGUGCUGGUGACAGUCUGUUAUAAUUGUUCUCUGAGAAUUGAUAUUAUUAUUAUUGCUAUGAUUAUCAUCAUUACCACAGCUUUCUCUGAUGGUGGAUGUCAUGAUGAUAUAGAAAUCUGCGUUUCUUUGUGUAGGUUAGACAUCUCGUUUUAUUUGGGAUUUGAUUUUAUUUUAAUAUAUGAGAAGUAUCCUAUAAAUAUAUUUUUGUUUUCUGUUCUUGGGGUUUGUUUUCUUCAAAAUAAAAAAAAGAAAGAAAAAAAAAGGGUGUUACUAAUGUUGCACGAUUUUUAUGAUAUGAGACAACACAAGCGUAGUGGUUAUUAGUACACGUGUGGCUGUGGAUUUAGGCGCGGAACGAGUCGACCACGACGAACCGCUUCAAUGCUGCAACUCUUAAGUCCAGUGUAAAAAUAAAAACAACCUCUCAGUCCACACAUAGAAACAUGGAGGGGGUGGGGAGGGGGCAGCGUCUAACUUAUUUCUAAGCAGACACAAUGAUGUCAGUGCAUGGCCGUCUCAAAACGAGAGAAGAGUGAAUCAUGUUAUAGGAAAUGUAAUAUUGACACAACUACACGUCACACAGGAUUACAUUUAAAAAAAAUGAAAAAUGAAGAAAAAAGUUUUAAGUAAAUUAUAGCUAAUAUAUUGUGUUCGGCUAGUCAGCUUUUUUUGUUGUAAAGAUCUUUUUUUUCUGUUGUUUUUGGAGAAUGAUAUACAGUUUGUGUAUAUUUUCAUAAAUAAAGUAUGCACUGAUAUGUUAUUACAAAUUCUAUACUGCUUUUACAAAAAAAGUGUUUGUUAUUGUACCAAAGUAUCCAUUGGUCCCCUCUUACUCUUCCCCCCUUUUUGCGUAUGUUUUACCGUAUUUUAUAUAUUAAAUAGACAGGUUGACCUACA